AUGCAGACGUCACUAUCACCAUCGGUACUGAAUGAAGGCGAAUAUCCAGCGGUAGCGGCUAUGACCACCGGCUACGUUUUCAGGGUUGAAAAUCAAGCCACGGUGAUGUUCCUGCAGAGAGUGGCCAGAACUGGGCAUCUUGUGACUCUUGAUGCGACAUCUGAUGAUGCUCGCGCACUUGGUUCGAAAUAUCUCGGUCUGUUGCCACUUCUUCCGCUUGUGUUUCAAUUCGGACUCUUCAUAGGCCCUCUUGGAUCCAUGGUCCUCACGGCCGCCGUAAGCGCCUUCUUCCCGCCUCUUGAAGUCCUCUCACACAGCAGUCGCUGCGUUCCUGCGUUCCUUUUAGCCUGUGGCAUCAUGUCAGCGCACGUCGAUUGGUUUCUGCUUGGAAGUGUUGCGCUGCUCCUCUUAUCGCGAUUACUGUUGAUCGCGAGUCUUCGUGCAAGAACAGCACCAUCUUGGCAUGGAGCUUCGGAGCCAGGCGUAAAAGGAGAUAUGUUGAUCUUACUCUCACAGGACCGCUGGGUACGCUUGAGAGGCUUCGUUGAUGAUCUGAAAGCGGUAACUUCCGGCUCCUGGCUGCGUGAAGCCAAGUAUCCUGUUUUGAUGGAAGCACUUGAAUGGAUAUCUCGCAUCUUCGUCUACCUGGCGACCGUUGUACUGGGGAAUGCAGAUACGGAUAACACAGUUGUAUUGGUCCUAGGAUUACUCUUCGGUCAUGGUGUUUUGAUAUAUACAAACUUUCGGACGAAUGUCUUGAGACUUAAUGGGCGAAAGAUCAAGACGUCGGAAGGGGGAGCAAACGUUAAAAGCUACACACGGAGACUAGACCUUGCAAAUGAAUUGAUCAACGAGACAGGAAGGAGCGACUGGGCUGUUCGGCUCGGUAUGAUUAAUUUGGAUACAGCGCUCAGCAGAACUAGUCCGGAUCCAGCACAUGAAAUAGUGACAAUGUGA